AUGGCGAGGGGUAAGAUCCAGAUCAAGAGGAUAGAGAACGCGACCAAUAGGCAGGUGACCUAUUCCAAGAGAAGGAACGGGCUCUUCAAGAAGGCCCAUGAGCUCACUGUUCUCUGUGAUGCCACGGUUUCUCUCAUCAUGGUUUCAAGUUCCGGAAAAAUCCAUGAAUACAUCAGCCCCUCCACCACAACAAAGCAAUUUUUCGACCAGUUCCAGAAGACUAAGGGAGUCGAUAUUUGGAGCUCGCACUAUGAGGCAAUGCAAGAGCAUUUGAAGAAGCUGAAAGAGGUGAAUAGGAGUCUGCGGAAGCAGAUCAGGCAAAGGGUGCUAGGUGAAUGUUUGAACGAUAUGAGUUUUGAUGAACUGCGUGGUGUUGAGCAAGAAAUGGAAGGCGCUGUUGAUGUUAUUCGCAAGCGCAAGAUUCGAAUGAUCUCUAAUCAGAUUGAUACUACGAAGAAAAAGCUACGGAGUGCAACAGAAAUGAACAGGAAUCUCCGUGAAUUUGAUGCAAGGGACGACCCACAUUAUAGAUUAGUUGAGAAUGGAGGAGAGGAUUAUGAAUCUGCUUUUGGCUACUCAUCAAAUGGAGGCCCUCGCAUAUAUGCUUAA